GGUCCCGUUUCCACUGGCGCAGUCGAGGAUGCCAUCACGGACAGUACGCCCAUCACAGCUGCUGGAGGAGGAGGUGGUGGUGGUGGUGCAGGGGGAGGAAUGGAUGAAGAUCUUGAUCCGGAUUGGAGAGAAAUCGUCAACAGCUUGAAUCAAGCCUCACAGUCGAACGAUAUACACCAUCGCGAUGCGCUACAUCCAUCAGAAACUAACAGUCACGAAGCGUCUCACUUGGCAGAGCAUGAGGAGCGGGAUCGUAUAGAGCAGAGUCUGCAGAAUACGUUGGAACAUUUUACCGAGGCGAACCUGAGCGAUCUGUUCCCCGGAAACUUUGGUCAAUCACCUCCGGCUCACUUUGACCUAUCCACUGGAGAAGCCUCUCAACCCAUCGCCUCAUCCUCUUCCAUCACGCAUACUAUCCCCUCUAGCGGCCUCGCAGGAGAUUCCUCCACGAUCGAUGCACCACCUUUCGAGGUCAGCGUGAAACGGGGUCGAGGUCGACCUAAAGGUUCUAAGAACAAGUACAAGGCUGUGACGAAGCCUCGUAAACCCAGACGGAAAAAGACGCCUCCGCCUAAACGACCUCGUGGUAGACCGCCAAAAGUCAGAGACCCAGAUGAACAGGCAGAAUACGAGGCUUCUCGCGCGAGAAAAGAAUUGGGUAUUGCGAAACGAAAGGGGAGACCGAGAAAGUUUCCAGGAUACCUCGUUAGAGAGAUGAGGUUGAGGAAGAACCGAGAAGAAUACAUUCGACUGUUGCGGGAAUAUGAAGAGAAUCAUCCGGAAGGACAGGAACCACCAGAAGAUCCCGACGGCGGAGUCGACGACGAUAUCCGCAUGGAAGUGGUUCCAACUAUGGAUGAAGGAUAUCAAGCCGAGGACGAGGUGAGAAGAGCGCUAGAAGGACAGGCUUUCAACCUUGCAGCGUCCGGAAUGGAUGGUCAACCGAGUGGAGAUGUCCAACCGGACGUUUCGGGUGAAGGAGGGGUCGAGAGUAUAUUUGCCAAUGCUUGGGAACCCCAUGGUCAAUCGUUACUCGAAGUCGUGGAUGCAGCAGCGGCCGCUGAAGCUGCCAGGAGAGCCGAAGAGGAAGAAGAGGAACAAGAACCGGUGGAAGGUGAAGAGAAUAUGCCGAGUGGUCACGAUAGUCAGGCCGUGGAGGAUAUGAAGAGGGUGUUCAGGCUUGACGGAGGAGACGGAGAAGAGGGUAUAGACAUGGGCAUGGGUCUGGGUGAGGUGUGAGGGGUGGCCAGGGAUAGUCCCUUUCGACAGUUUGGUCCUGUCGGCCAUUCAUGGAUUCGUUCAUUGCCUUUGGGUAUCCUCUUAUUCCAGUCCUGAGCUCGUCCAGUGCUGCGCAACUCUCACUGUGUGUACAACACGCAACUUUCCGCAUGUAGCCAGAGUGUAUAGCAUCAAUCUCGGCACUAUCGGCCAUUUGUUGUUGUCAUGACGUCCAAAGGUACAGCGGAGACGCCUCAACGACGUCUGACGCGGCGGCGAGUCAUGUGGCAAGACCCAGAAACUAGGAU